AUGGAGCUUCAAAAUGUCACCAAGAUAACGGAAUUUACAUUCACUGGGCUGGAGGCAAAUUCUACACAAGUUCCUUUUCUUUUCAUAUUUUUUUUACUUGUCUACUUGAUAACAAUUUUUGGAAACAGCGGCAUGAUGGCUCUGGUCUGUAUCACUCCUCAUCUUCAGACUCCCAUGUACUACUUCCUUGGUUCUCUCUCCAUGGUGGACCUCUGCUACUCCUCUGUCAUUACCCCUAAAAUGCUGGCGGACCUUGUUUCCAGAAUGAAGUCAAUAUCAUUCAUUGGCUGUGCUCUUCAGUUCUUCUUCUUUGCGGCCUUUGCUGGAACAGAGAGUCUUCUUCUCUCGUGCAUGUCGUAUGAUCGAUACGUGGCCAUAUGUCACCCUCUUCACUAUAGCUCGAUCAUGACCAAGGACAAGUGCCUGUGGCUCAUUCUUGUUUCUUUUUCUGCUGGAUUCUCUCAGUCAUCAGUACAGACCCAAUGUAUAUUCAGUCUCGAGUUCUGCAGACUGAGCCAGCUAGACCAUUUCUAUUGUGAUGUUCCUCCAUUGCUGAAGAUCUCCUGCUCAGAAACAUUUCAUUGUGACAUGGUGACAAUUUUCAUUAUCUGCUUCUUUGGUUUAGUUUCAGUGGUAAAUAUUCUUGUUUCCUACACACUAAUUGUUUCAUCAAUCCUACGGAUGAAGUCUGCUGCAAACAGAGGCCGGGCCUUUAGCACCUGCUCCUCUCACCUUACCUGUGUUUGUAUCUUCUACUGCACAGUAUUCUUCAUCUACCUGCGCUCUCCUUCCAGUAGUUUUGAUAGACAAGACAAGAUGGCCUCUGUCUUCUACACAGUGAUCAUUUCAAUGCUUAAUCCUCUGAUAUAUAGCCUGAGGAACCAAGAGGUGAAAAAGGUGUUGCACAGGCUCACCACACAAUGCUUCUCCACAAUCAACUCCACUUCAAGGUGUUAG